AUGAUGGGUAGUCGUUAUGUAGACAAUGCUUCGGAGUUCGAAAGCAUCAAUCGAAACCCAAUAUUUGAGUAUGAAGAUUUACCACUCCAGUCUAUAGAAGAAACAUUACAAUGUAUUAUAUCUGACAUUCCUUGCAUCAUGGAUUACGUCAAAACAGCUAAGAAUAAAUGCAAUCGUGCUUCAAACAUACUAACACUUGAUGAAUCCGCAGCCAUCUAUCUCUAUUCAAUGUCAUCACCAGUUUAUAAUCAGCUCAACAGUACUCUUCGAGCUCACGAUCGUACAACAUCAAAACUAUGGUUUCCUUUCCUAAAACUCCUCACAACGGCUCUCAAAAGAUUACCUUCAAUCGAGACUACUGUUUGGCGAGGAGUCAGUUAUGAUGAUACUUUGGCAUUCGUUGAAAAUGAUGUACAAUAUUGGUGGAGUGUAAACUCAUGUUCUAAGGCGCCUAAUAUUGUCAAACCAUUCUUGGGAGAAAAGGGUACUAUAUUUGCUAUUGAUGUCAUCAAUGGCAAAGACAUUUCAACGUUUGCCGCAAAUUGCGAAGAACUAGAAGUUAUUCUUAUGCCCGGAUCUCGUGUACGCCGCAAAAAUGAAUCACUUUGUCUGUCCGAUCAUAUCAUUCUUCACUUGGAAGAAAUAAGUUCUGACAAUGACACACAAUUAGGAUCGAACUAUUUGUUUGAUAUAGUGAAGCAAAAUUAUCUGUACAACAGUCGCAUCGAACGUUUGAUAAAUCCGACCAAAUCGUUUCCGAUCGAACAAAGUUACAUCAAUUUAUCAGUAGUUACUUCUCAAGAACAACACAAACGAGAACAAAAAUUGCGCGGCGCUGCAUACAGUGACCACAUGUUAAGUUCUUAUGAAGAAAUCUAUGGUACGAAGAGUCCAAUAGAUAUCCAAAAUAUUUUUCAAUCUUGUGAGAAAGACAUGAAUCAAGUUCUUGUAUUUGGUCGAGCGGGUAUCGGAAAAUCAACAUUCUGCCGUUACGUCACUUAUCAAUGGGCAAAAGGUGCAUAUUGGCCACAGUAUGACUUACUUGCUCUGAUUCCAUUGCGUCGUUUGACCGCCAAUCGUUAUCCUCCAAUGACAUCUGGUCAGAAUUAUUCUCUUAUUGACGUGUUGAAAAAAGAAGUAUUCUCAUGUGAACUUUCCGAAAGAGAAAAUGCUUUGUUAGAAAAACAAUUCGAUGUUAAGAAUAUCCUUUGGGUGUUAGACGGCUACGAUGAAAUCAUACAAAAUGAACCAGGACAUUUAGAAGAGUUGUUGGAGAAGUUACUUAAAACUCCUCAUCAUAUUGUUACAUCGCGUCCGUAUUUAAAUACUUUAUCAUAUCAUGCACAAAUGGAAAUCACUGGUUUCACAGAUGAAAAUAUUGGUCAAUACAUACAACAAUUUUUCGAUCAAAUGAAAAACGAAGUCGAGGAUGCGACAGUCAAACAUCAAACUUUAAUGAAAUUUUUGAAAUCAAAUCCUAGCAUAUGGGGUGUCGCUCAUAUUCCAGUCAAUUUGGAAUUGAUUUGUAGUCUCUGUAGCAAUCAAGAUUGGUCAAAGACAGAACAUCUAUCGAUAACAACAUUGUAUAGCAUGAUAACAGAAUGGCUAUGUCGUCGCUACUUAAAAACAUCGAAUGACAAGAUUUCUCAAUUGCCCGACCAUGAGCUUUACCAAUGUUGUAGAGGUGAGCUGAAAUUUUUGGAAAGACUCGCUUUUACUGCAAUGGAAAACAAUACAAUCAUUAUCCGACCUACUCUACUAAAAAGAACUUUAAGAGAUACCAAUAUUAUCACUCAAGAUCAUCCACACAUUCUUAAUAUUGGCAUUCUCAAAAGCUUUGCCAAAGAAGGGGUCGGCACUCAAAUUGAAAUGAAUAAAGAAUACUAUUUCGUUCAUCUCAGCUUUCAAGAAUACUUUGCAGCACGCUAUUGGACAAAUACUCUCAGUGAAUCGUCAGCAGAGAAUGUCCUUGAAUUCGUUCAGCGUCAUAAGUAUAACCAACGAUAUGCAUUGGUAUUUACUUUUAUGGCUGGUUUACUGAGUGAAAACGAUGAAAUGACACUUUUGAAUACCUUUUGGAAUCGGAUUCUACAAGAGCCAUUGGAUUUAGUGGGAUUACGACACAUCGAGCUUAUUGUCAUUUGUCUUGGAGAAAUAUCUUCAAAUUCUAACUUUCCUCGACGACACGAUUUCCUCUUGCCGAUAGCCGCGUACAUGCAGCAUAAUCUGUUGGCGAAAAACCAAAUUAUCCUACAGCAUCUGGCACACGUAUUACGUAAAGCCCCCUUUGUGAUAUGUGAAGAGAUAAUGAUCACUACGCUGAUCGCUUUACUCCAAAGGAACGAAGCAGAUGUCAAAACAGAAGUAUUACAAUUUAUAUGUUCAUUGAACGUGUCCAAUAUACCGAGUCGUCUUAGCAAUUCCAUAAAUGCUUUACUAACUGAUAACAGUGACGAAGUUAAAAUCUAUGCAUGUGACACUAUUGGAAUACUUGGUGAACAAUCAGCAACGUUGGAGAUACUAAACAGAUUAGUAAAUUUACUAGAUGAUAAGAACGACAGGGUCAGACGAAGUGCGUGCUAUUCUUUGGGACGAAUGGGUGAAAAAGUAGGGACAGCAGAGUUUGUUAGUAAAAUAUUACAUACAGUAGGAAAUGAAAGUUGUAGUAUUCAUUUAGAUAGUUUCUCUAUUCUUAUCACUAUGCCGGAAAAAGUGAUUACAGAGGAAAUAGUUAACUUACUGGUAAAUGCACUUAACAAUGAAAACGAUUUUAUUAGGAGCCAUGCGUAUGACAUUUUGAUGAAGAUAUCUAAUCAGUUAGUAGCAACUGAAAUGAUUAGUAGAUUGACGACUUUAUUAGAAGAUAGACGUGAUGAUGUCGUACUGCAUGCUUGCACACUUCUUGAUAAGAUCGGUGAAAAGGCAGGUGUACCUGAUGUAAUCAAUAAAUUAAUGACGAAAGCAUUGAAACAUGAGAGCUUCCUAAUCAGAGUGCUGGCAUGCUCCACUCUGAGCCAAAUAAGUCAAGGAAUACUUCCGAGUGAGACCCUAUCCAUGGUGUUGGCUGCAUUAAAGGAGAAGAGAAUGACCUUGAAAGAGAAUGCGUUCUAUGUUCUCGCACACAUGGGUCAGAAUGCAGCGACAGCUGAAACAAUCAAUGAAUUAAAGAAGGCAACUAAGCAUGAGAACGAAUAUAUUAGAGCAAGCGCGUGCAACGCUUUCAUGCAUAUGAAAGAAAGCGUACCAAUAAUCGAAAUAAACAGUAUAUUAAUGAAUGCAUUAGAUGAUGAGAAAGAAUGCGUUAGAGCUAGUGCAUGUAAAGCUGCCGAGAAAGUACUGGCAAGACAAGAAACUAGUGAGCUGCUGAUGAAACUAAAGGGUGCGCUUAACGAUGAAAGUUUUACUGUUAAGCUUGCAGCGUUUGAUACUCUUUGCACAGCUGGAGAGAUAACAGCGGCAACUGAGAUAAUCGAUGCGUUGAUAAACCUGUUAGAAGACAAAAAUGAACAUAUCAGAAGAGAUGCCCACCAAGCUAUUGUCAAAAUCAGUGUAAAAGCGACAACGACUGAAGUGAUCGACAAACUAGUGAAGUUACUAGAACAUAGGGACGCACAGGUUAGAGGGUCGAUGUGUCACGCUCUUGAAGGUAUGUGUGAGAAAGUGGCAACUAAUGAAGUGAUUGAAAAAGUUGUAGGAUUAUUAAAAGAUCCAGAUACAAAUGUUAGAGCAAGCGCAUGCACUACAUUGUGUCUCUGGAGUCGAUUAAUACCGAUAUCAUGGGUGGCUGACGAUUUCAUCCAUGUAUUAGGAGAUGAAGAUGAACAUGUCAGGCACUUAGCAUGCAUUGCCAUGCAGAAUAUCUGUGAGCAAGAAACCACAUUUGAAGUGAUUCCGAAGCUGGUUAAUGUACUGGAAGAUGAAAAUAUGCAUGUUAGAGAUUCAGCAUAUUUUCUUCUCGGUUGCAUGCGAGAAAAAGUCGCAACGACUGAAGUGAUUGCCAAACUUGUAAAUGCGCUCAAUGAUGAAAAUCGUCAUAUAAGAAGUAGAGCAUGCCAGGCUCUUUUUCAAGUAAAUGAAAAGAUCCUGGUGACCAAAGGUAUUGAAACGAUAGCGAAUGCGCUGAUUGAUGAUGACAUUCAAGUGAGAGCCAAUAUGUGUUUUCUUCUUCGGCAGUUAAAGGAACAACUACCAAGCGUAUCGAUUAGUAGAUUGAUUGUUCCGCUUAAUGGAGAUGAUCGUCAUGUUUCACAUGAUGUUGCAGAAUUUAUUGGAAAAAAUUUAAACUCUUCCGAGAUUAUUUCCGAACUAGGUUCGAGUAAAAUUUUAGAACUUUGUGAGUCGAAAUUCGCUUCCAUUUGUUUAAAAAAUGUGUCUGAGGAGCAGUUAAUCCAACAAUUUAUAGCUGAGGACAAUGAUUGUUGGUAUCGUGCAAUAACAAACUUGGCAUUAAAAAGGACCACUGGAAUUGCCUAUUUCGUCAUCCAGACAUGA